GUCAACUGAUGACAAGCAGCUAAUUUUUUGAGUCAUGGCCUGCCUGAUUCGCAGACUUUACGUUCUCACCACGAUGUUCUUCUUUACAAGACCUCGGUUCAUUUCAACACAGAUUACUGCGCAAGCAACGGCGAAUUUAAGGUCUCAUUUAAGUUCAACCCAACACCCAACAACUAAUGUACAUCAAGUGUAUACAGCUCUGCUCUCCGACUCAACUGUAUCAAGGGCACAGGACACAGAGGAAUCAGCAACGGCGCAGCCUCUGUUGACUACUCUGCAUUAUCAACCAGCAAUACUUGCGGCCGUUACAAACGAUCCCACAAGCAACGCAACUGAGGCUACACGCAAUCAGAUUUCAUCACCAGAAACGUUAAAUGUUGCUUCUGAAAACACUUCCACCGGAAAUCAACAGCAAAUAACAACACAGUCUCAGAAGAGUUCUUCAGAGCAGCCAGCGCAUAUGAUUUCUCAAACGAGUUUUUCUGGGUAUACAUCAAGCGCUGCCGUUAUCCUUCAAGCACCAUACCCAACAACAAAAGUCGCUUCUGUGAUUAGUUCCCUUGAAGAACAGAAAGCUAUACCUUCGAGUACUGCGGAAGUGCAGGUAAUUUCUCUGCCUAACGUCUAUUCAACUACACAAUAUCAACCGACAAAUGUAGUUUAUCGCAACAGUUAUACUGAAAAAUCAUUAACAUCAGCAGUUAGAUCGUUGACUCCUUCAAGUAGCACAUCAGCAGGUGACAAGGGAAAUGACUUAGCUGCAAUAAUCACAACAACAUCAUCAACCUUGACAGCAAUAUACAGAACUGAUGAGCAGCAGACAACAACGGAAGCACUAACACAGAUCCAAGUAGAGCUCUCACAGAUCUUCUGGUCACAAACUAUCUACCGAGUACCAGAAGCGUCAACAACU